GGGUCUGUUUCUCUCUUGCAUAGUGGAAGAACUUUGCAUGUUGCACCGGCUGAAGGCGGUGACGUUAGCCGAAGAACUGGUCGCCUUUUUUGCCACAAAGGGAACCAUUCAUCUGACCGCUGACUCCCUCUACGUCUUUGAACAUGAGGCGCUUAUGAAGCGAACUGCGAAACCUUCAAGAAGGAAGGAAACCCGUACUUCUGGAAUCCACCAGAUCACUGAGCAUUCCGAUGCUGAGGAGGAGGACCAGCAUCUUCUGGAUACUUACACAUCACCGUCAAAAGCUUCUCAGAAAAGGGAGAUCACAACGCCGGAGAACCCGCGGUCCAAACGGACUCUUUCUGGCCGCAGCCCCCGCCUGGCCUUCUCUCCCAACAGUUUCUCGCCCAGCGCGACCCCUUCACAGAAAUACAGCUCCCGGAGCAAUCGUGGGGAGGUGGUGGCCUCUUUCGGCUCUGUCCACGGCGCCUCCUGGCAUGGAAGCGGGGGUGCGACCGCCACGGUGACACAGUUUACGGCGGACACAGAUUCACUCACAAAGCCAUACAAAUUCAUGUUCCAGGAUCUGAUGGACUACCGGGAAGUGAUCUCCUGUAAGAUUGAAGAACUUGGUGAAGCACUAAAGGAGCACUACAAAAUAGAAGAAUUUUGCUCUCUGGUCAUCCCUACCCAGGCCCGUGUGACUGUUCUGGGCCAGAUCGGAUGCGAUUCCAACGGGAAGCUAAACGCCAAGUCUGUGGUCCUGGAAGGGGAUCAAGAGCACUCCUCGGGAGGGCUGGUGCCUGUGGACGUCUCGGAGCUCCCAGAAUACUCCUUCUUCCCUGGACAGGUUGUGGUUAUGGAAGGUAUCAACAAUACGGGCAGAAUGUUCUUUGCAUCCAAGUUGUAUGAGGGAGUGCCACUGCCUUUCCAUCAUCCUUCGGAUCAGGCAGAAAAUUCAGGGCCACAGAUGGUGCUGGUCGCCUGCGGCCCCUAUACCACCUCAGAUAGCAUCACCUACGAUCCCAUGCUAGACUUAAUAGACGUUAUUAAUAAAGACAAGCCGGAUGUUUGCAUUUUGCUUGGACCCUUCCUUGACGCGAAGCACAAACAAGUUGAGGACUGCCAGCUCACGUCCUCCUUUGAAGACGUUUUCAAGAUUUGCCUGAAGACAAUCAUUGAAAGGACAAGGAGUGCCGGCUCACACCUGGUCAUCGUCCCUUCUCUGAGAGACGUCCACCAUGUCUGUGUGUACCCCCAGCCGCCUUUUGCCCGCUGUGAGCUGUCGAAGGAAGACAAGCAGAGGGUGCUCUUCGUCUCCGACCCUUGCACCCUGGAGGUCAACGGGGUGCUUCUGGGCCUGACCUCAGUGGACCUGCUCUUCCACAUGGGCUCCGAAGAAAUCAGUUCUUUCAGUGCUUUGGACCGUUUUUCUCGAAUUCUGAAGCACAUCUUGACGCAGCGGAGCUAUUACCCGCUCUACCCUCCUGCCGAAGAGAUGAACAUCGAUUACGAGAAGUUCUGCCAGUACACGCCUCUGCCUCUCACCCCGGACGUAUUGAUCACUCCGUCGGACCUGAAGUAUUUCAUUAAGGAAGUCCUCGGGUGUGUCUGCGUUAAUCCCGGACGGCUCACGAAAGGCCAGGUGGGGGGCACCUACGGGCGUCUGUGGCUCCAGCGACAGGCUUCCGAGGGGGUGCGGAGGAGCCCCUGCGUCUCGGCUCAGGUUGUCCGGAUCUAACCCGGUGGUCUCUGCGCUGAACGUCCCAGCGGAGGUUUCGCUAGAACUCGGAGCAGGAGACAUCCCGGGUCCGAGGCAGGAAGGGAGUUCCCACGUCGACGUCAAAGAUUGCAGCUGUUUGGAGAUUUUUCCAUCGGAUUCAGCAGCCGGAGGGUGCUGGGAAUCCAGGACAUCUGGAGAGAUUUGCACCUCAUCAUCUGAUGCAAUCGCCCCGACCGGAGUGGGCCGAAAGGGGCCUGGUUUUCUUGACACACGCUUUUGAUAAAUUUAAAAACAAAAAGUC